AUGAGUUCAAAAAUACACUCAGUUGAUGUGGAAAAAGAUGCUUUCUCAAAUGCUAUUUCUGAGAUUGAAAUUCUGAAGAGAAGAAAGAAAGAAGAAAUAGAGAAACAACAAGUUCUUGAAAUACAGGAACUUGAAAAAGCAAGCAAGAUUCUUGGAAAGCAGUGUCUGAGUGAGAUGAAUGAAGAAGUUCUGUUAAUUCUUCAUGCUCAGGCCAGACAACUACAGGAGGUGAUCAAGGUCAAACUUGGAAUCUCAAACACAGUUCAAAAAACCUUGAAAAUUCCUAGUACAAUCACUGACUCUUCAUCUUACUCUUCUUCUUUCUUUCUUCCUACUUCUUCUUCUUCUUUGAAUCAGAAGAAAACAUAUGCUCAAGCAGCUGAAUCUGCUGUCUCUAAACCUGCUGUCUCAAAACCUGCUCAAAAUCCUGAGAAAACUGAGAAGAAUACUGCUCAUGCCUCUAUUCAUAGAAAAGUGGAAAAGAAAAUGCAAAAAGAGAAAAACUUUCAAAUCUCUAGAAAUAGAAGACUCAUUCUCAAAGUCUCAAACCAGGACAUUCUGCAAAGAAACAAGCUAAACUCAAAUCUCAUUUUCAGAAUCAGAAAUGAAAUUAAUCAGCAGUUCUUUUCUCAGUUGAUGACUGAUAUUGAAGUUCAAAAACCAGUUAUAGCUUCAAUUGAGCCAUCAUUCUUUGGAAACUCUAUUAUUCUGACUACAAUGCCUGAAUUCAGUGCUGAAUUCCUUAUUCAGAAUGAGAAUCUCUGGAAGUCAGCAGUAGAAUCAUUGCUAAACACAAUAAUUCUAUCUGAAAGAGAUGAAAAGUGGGGCAAAUUCAUUCUUCAUGAUAUUUCAGUUGAAAUUUUUGACUGUGAAGAAGGAAUGCUACUUCUCAAAAAUGAAUUGAAAGAAUACAACUCCAUUCAACUGAGAAAGGAGCCUGUAUGA